GAAGCCCAGGAAGGGCGGCUGCCCAGUGGUCCCGUGGUGCAGCCUGCGAAGAGAGAGGCUCGUCCCCGUGUCCCGGAAGCCAGACUGGGUUUUCCGAGAGCAAUUUAGGAAGAAAUGAGACUUAAGAAGGACCUUACUUGAUGCGCAGUGAAAGGGGUCAGAUAACUGGAUGGCGCGCGGUCCCCCUGCCGCCCUUCGCCUGGGCGGGGUUUCCUGCAGCUCUCACACCUUGUGUUUUCUGCAGGGGACGCAGUGCUGAAGAUCCCCCCAGGGGCAGAAAGCUGCAGCCCUUUCCCCACCUACAUGUCACAAUCAACAAGAAUAAAACUCUCCAGGGAUGCAAAGGCAACACAGCCUGCCAGGCAACUCUGAAGCAGCGCCACUGCUACGGAAGCAGCCAGGGAAGAGGAAGGCAGCUGUCGGCACCGGUUGGGACGGGACAGGAGCCUCCCACAUGCGCAUCACUCGGCACUGGGGGAACAGGAAGGGGCGGAAGCUGAGCAGGGAGCUUAAAGGAAGAAAUUUCAAGCUAUGGUACUAAGAAUGCACAUGGAGCUCACAACAUGAGCCGGCUUCGGGCCACACAUCCAGGACUUCUCGUGUGCACAGUGAUCUGCAUCCUCAUUUUUCUCUAUGUAAGGAAUCUCACUCCCGAGGAGCCAGAGGAGGAGCCCACACAUCCAGCGGUGGUGGAGUGCGGCUUUUACCCCGAUGAACUGUGUUCAGCUUUAUUUGAAGGAAAAGGGGUAGCCUCUCAAAUUGCAAAAUUUUGUAAAAACCCUCAUGGGUCCAAAGUCCUUGCUUAUUUACAUAAGCCAGGAAACUGCUCCAGGACGUCCCGGCAGCUGCGCUUCAUAACCAGGCCCCUGUCUGCAGAAGAGGGCAACUUUUCCUUGGCAUACAUAAUAACUCCUCCGAAGGAGCUGGCCAUGUUCGUGCAGCUUCUCAGAGCUAUUUAUGUGCCUCAAAACGUUUACUGUAUUCAUGUUGACGAAAAGGCCCAAAAGAAGUACAAAACCGCUGUGAAAGGCCUGGUUAGCUGUUUUGAAAACAUCUUUAUUUCAUCAAAGAGACAGAAAGUGGCUUACUCUGGCCUUACAAGACUACAGGCAGAUAUUAACUGUAUGAAGGACCUAGUCCACUCCAAAUUUCAAUGGAACUAUGUCAUUAAUCUUUGUGGGGAGGAUUUUCCAAUCAAAACCAAUAAAGAAAUCAUACACUACAUCAGAAGCAAAUGGAAUGAUAAAAAUAUCACUCCUGGAGUAAUGCAACCAUCAACUACUAAAUUCAAGACAAGCCAAAGUCACCCGGAGUCCAGCCCUACAGGAAGUAUCUAUGCAUCACCAAAUGAAAGAUUCAAACACGAGCCCCCUCAUAACUUAACCAUUUACUUUGGAAGUGCUUACUACGUGCUUAGAAGAAAGUUUGUAGACUUCAUCCUGACUGACGUCCGUGCGAAGGACAUGCUGCAGUGGUCCAGGGACAUCCACAGCCCAGAGCGCCAUUACUGGGUAACCCUGAACCGACUGAAAGAUGCUCCAGGUGCCACACCAGAUGCUGGCUGGGAAGGAGAUGUGCGAGCCAUCAAAUGGAGACCGGAGGAAGGAAAGGGUCACGAUGGAUGCAGAGGCCACUAUGUCCAAGACACCUGCGUAUAUGGACUGGGAGACUUACCGUGGAUCAUUCAGUCGCCUUCUUUGUUUGCCAACAAAUUUGAGCCCUCAGCAGACCCUCUUGUGGUUAUGUGCUUGGAGAGGUGGCACAGACUUAAGGUCCUACAACAGGCAGAAGUCUCUGUAGAACCGCACUGGCGUUUUCAACAGCAAAGUCACUUCGACGUGAAGCCCAACCACUGA